AGCCUAAAUUCUGAUUUCAUUUCCAGUGCCGAAAAUAAUCAUUUUAAACUUAGGAGCGACUGUGACCAUUUUCUCAUAUGGAAAACAAGGGAGAUUGUGGAUACUUUUUAAGUUCGAAAAUAGUGCGAUAUAUCUGAGCAUUUUGCAGUUCGGAAACAGGAUGAUUGUGAAUAUUUGCUAUUUUUGAAAGCUUGUUUGAUGAAUUAAUUAAUUCAUGAACUGGUGAAUUGAUGGAUGGAAUGGAGGCCGCUUCAUCGCCGCCCAUCGCACCUUCGCGAUCUCGGUCCUCGUCACGGCAACGGCCGCCGUCACCCAGUGGGUUUCUGCAAAAGACUGCACAUCACCGGGAUCGGUCAACUAUUGACGAACACAUUAGCUGCCCAGCGAACUCAAAUGCGCCAGCAGAGAACCAGAGUUCAGUUUCUGAAACCAAACGCCGACUACUUGCUAUACACAAGUCCAGAACGCAGCCAAUCCCGAUAAACGGCCUGGACCUUCAUGUCCAUGAACAAAACCCCUCUGAUCAAGUGUUCUCGAACAAUUGGGAAGGAUCUCAUGCGAGGGGUGGAGGAUCCCAAGCGAGGGAUGGUUCUUCUAAAGAAUCUGAACCUUUAACAGUGUUUGCCAGACACCGGAAGCCUCUGGAUAGACAAUCCAGGAAAGACAAAGAGACAAUCGAUAUUGGUCUCGGAUCUCUUGAACUGACUCCAGAAUCCCCAGUUUCGUCGAUAUCCUCCUCAAAGAGGAAGGUUUUCAACUUCCUAGACAAGCGCCAAAACUCGUUCUCGAGCUACUUAACCCAGAGCAGAAGAUUAUCCGCAUGCAGUGGUCCUGAUCCAAAUGAAACGUUAUCAAUUUUAUCUCAACCUGCUGGUAUUUUGGUCAAUGAUAAAAAAGAAAGAAACAAUCGAGUACAGAACUCUGGAUCGCUUCAAGAAAUCGUGACUGAUCCUGAACAAUCUUGUAAUCGUCGUCGUAGAAAAGAUGUCAUUCGAAGGUCAGUACACUUUCCAGAAAAUGAAGUUCAAUAUUUAGAGAACUCUUGCGAUGAAGUGGUAGUUUUUUCUUCUCUACACCCUUCAAAGAAUUGCACGGAUAUUACAACGCCUUCUCCCAUACUCACAAACCCGCACUUAAAAAAAUACGAGCUUCAUUCAGAAUAUAAUGGAUCAAAUAUUCAAACAUUUAGAGGCAUUUCAAAAUCUGCUACGACAUCAUUCGAAGGAGUAACAUUCACUAAAACCGAAAAAGAAAAUUCAAUAAUUCCAGAACACGUCACUCGCUCGAAAUACAAAGUUCCUCAAAAUGAUAUCCAGAAGCUGAAUUUUGGAAGCCUGGAUUCUGAUAGCCAUGUCAGUGGCAUCAGAGUUGGAGGAGUUCGCGAAUUUCAUGCGAAGGAAGAGCCAGCUGAUUUUUUCUUCUCUGGAGACUUGAGCGGCAAGUCUUCGGUGACUUCGUCUCAAUAUCCUCGUCUUCCAUCGAAAGACUCGGAGCCCAAGUCAUCAUCAAAGCGAAGCUCCGUCCACUCUUAUGAACUUGGAGCCAGCCAAAGAGGCAUAUUUAGUCAAUCCUCAUUGGAUAACAACUACGGGUUUUCAGGGGACAAAGAUCAAUCAUCAACGAUAUCUCGUCGAAAUCUGACGCACAAAAACAGCGUGGCCAGAAAGAUUUCAAACGAGCAAGAAAAUGUUUCCAACCCUCCUGUGAACAUCAAAAGGAAAACAGGCUUUGCACCAGUUACUCUUAUUCAACAUAACCACGAAGAAAACUUUACCAACCAUAGCCAGGAAUCCUCAAAGACAGCCAAAGAGUCUUUCUUUGAAAAGCCUCUAGUUGAACCAAGGAAGAAUCUGUUUAAGAGCUCCUCGACAUCAACAUUUAGGUUCUUCCCCCAGAGCAUAACUCUGAAAUCUAACCCGAACAAACCAUCUCGUAAGGGAAGUCGCGACAAAGUUCCCGCUUCCUCGCAUCGUUCCGCCUUCUUCUCGAGCCUGACAACCCCUCUUUCUCCCGACCUCGCCGACUGCCUCUACGCUAAGAUGAAGGGCAGCCAUGAGGGCAUCUUGGUCACCGCCUGCAGACUCGUGGAGGAGGAACAGGUCCUCAGGUUGAUCAAGGAACUCAACCUGUCCGGACAGCUCGAUUCAUCGAUCAUCAAUGAGUGCGACAAGACUGGUAGGACUGCGCUGAGUCACGCGAGCGUGAACGGCUACAGCCGCGUCGUGGCGGCCCUCGCUGCCCUGCCCGGCGCGGACCUCAACCUGGGGGACCACGAGGGCAACUCCCCUCUGCACCUGGCGGCCCAAGCGGGCCAUGUGGACGUGGUGGCGCACCUGGUCAACAGGUGCGAGGGCCACGUGGAGCUCGACGCGCGUGACCACGCAGGCUUCACGCCCCUCAUGAAGGCGGCGCUGCAGGGGCGUACAAAGGUCGUAAAGACGCUCCUCUUCGCCGGAGCGUCCCCGCACCUACGGGACUACGGGCGCGGGUUGACUGCCGUCGAGUGGGCCCGGUUCACGGGCCGGCAUCUCUGCUGUGACCUUAUCGAGAGCGUCGAGCGCUCAUGCUCGGCACAUGUCAGAGAGCGCUGGGCCAGCGAUCCUGAUCUGCAGAGAUCAUCUCCGCCUGCAUCGGUCUCUGCUGAGCACAGAGAGUCGUGGAUCAGGCAUAAGGUUACGGAAGUGAAAGUGGCAGACUGCUACCAAGAUCCCGAGGAGACCUUGAAAAGCACCUCCUUAUCAUCUUCCCCUGGAGACACGCACUCGUUUUCCUCUUCAAACAGCAAUAGCCCCAGAGUGACCAGAUCUCAAACUUCCCCUUCACACAACCGGUCUUCCUCCGACUCUCCAAAACCUUCAAGUUCUCCGGAGAAUAAAAUCGUGACUGUUGGUCUUUCUGGACAUUCUCAAAACCCUUCGACCUCUUCAACGUCUGAUAAGGACGACAUCAUUGGAAAAGAUUUCUCUAACUCAAGACAGUCCUUCCAGCCCAGAGUUUUGCCCUCCGCGAGCGCCACUAGCUUAUCAAAAAGCCAGCCUUGGGCUACCGAUAACACAGAGAAAAAAGCAAAUUCCCCGCAAAUUGUGAUGGCAGGAAUGAAAAGUGUCGCCCCACAGAGUGUAGUGACACAAACCAGCGGCGGAAGGGUGGUGACAGCCGCUGUCUACAGCAAAGGAGCUUCUGUUUACACGGUGCAGAAAUCAGCGUCGGUCCCCAAAUUCAGCGCUACAUUGCCUUCAAAACCAAAAGCCGUUUCUGCUUUCGAGAAAUCUAAGCAGUUCAGCUUCGAUAAUUAA